UCCUUUGGGCCCAGACCACCUUUCCCACAGCAUUCAGCACAAAAAUCUCUGUAAGGGAGACCAAGUCCUCAAAGAGGGGAGUACAUUUAUGUAGUGAUUGACACAACAGAGCUUAACUCUAAUUAAAAGCAAUGCCAGAAAUUGGGAACAGUUUAAAGCAGACAUGUGAUGAGAAGAUCAAGCCUGGAUAGCAUAUUUGUGUUGCCCCUGUCACCUCCUGGUGGCAUGGAUUUGGUGGAGGCUGCUGAGCCAUGGAUUGUUUGGGAUGCAGCUGCCUGGAAUUCAGCCCCAGAGGGCCACCAGCACAAAUUAAUCAUUUGUAGAGCUCUGCUAAUGGGCCACCAGUAAUUGCUUCAUGAGCAGGGCUGGCCGAGCCCUCAGAGAACUUUGUUGUAGCUUUAGCUUUGCUGUGUAUGCGGCUACAGCUGGCCGGUGAAUAGGGAAGGCUGAUAAACAUACCAAAACACAUCAAGGGCUGGGGCACAGGCACCAAAAUGUGCAAUUCUUAAAAGCAUUUGAUGGGGGGAAGCUAACACUCAGUCUGCAACAUAAAAACAUUUUAUAUUUAGCCUGUGAACAGUUUCACAACCUUUUCCCAAGGCAGAAUUUUUCUAAGUAGCACCAAAUGAAAAACAGGACUCCUGGAUUCCUGCCCUGUGCUGUGGAUAAGCUGUGCCUUCUGGUAAGACCUACGAACCUCAGUUUCCUCCUGGAAGAAAGUUUUCCUCCUCCUGCAGCACUGUGGUCGUGCCUAGGUGAAUGUACCUAAAAGACUCUGUAAAUGGGGAGCUAGUCGAUGGCCUUCUUAACUAAUAUUGAUCAAAUGAGGCAGGUAGAAUAAUCGAUCACUUGUGCCUUCAGCACGAGAAUAUGCCAGUCUGCUCCGCAGACAAUAGUGGCGGUGACUGCAGACAACAGAUUUGAGCUGUGCGUUGAUUAUUAUCAGUUAGCGUAAGACUUCAGAGAGAGAGCAUAGAAAACAAAUCGCAGGCAGAAUGAUUUCAAUUCCAAAAGGGCCAUCUUGCCCUGGGAACGCACGGUUGGAGUGUGGUUCCUGGGUGCUGCGUGCUAAAUCACUCGCGAGGCAGCUGGAAGCGAUUGGCUGGCACAGAGCAGCUCCAGCAGCCACGCUGUAAACAGAGCAGCGCUGCGAGGCUCCGAGCCGCCUCCGAGGAAGACACUGCUCGCGGCUGAGCGCCUGUGACAAUGGGAGAGCACUGAAACAACACGCUGCUCCAUCUUUGCUCCCAGCUCCUGCGCGCUGGGCGAAGACUCCAGCGAGGCAGCGGGGAAAGCGGCUCCUGCUCGUUACCAUCCCGGGUCACUUCGUUUGGGUGAGAGCUGGACGGGAAUAUUUGAGUGGGUACGGGGUGAGGAGCACGGGAAGGUGGUUUGCAGUCAAGGACCUGCCUGAAGGUGCUGAAGCCUGAUACUGCUCGCAAACAACAGUGCUUCAAAGUUGGAGGAGGAAGCUGAAGGUAGGUGCUCUCUGGGACUGAGCAGCCUAUUGAAGCUGAGAGCAACUUCUGGGGACCUCUUGGGAUCACGCUCCUAGGAAGAACAGCAGAAAAACAGGCGUGCUGUGGGUUCAAAGCCACAGCUGCUGCCAAACGUCCAGCAGACGCAUCUUUGAAACAGAGGUCAGGACUGGCAAGCAACCCGAAAGGAAAAACUUGCAUUGGCCAGGUCCUGGGAGAGCAAGUGGCCGAAAAGCCAUCCCUUCCUUGCCUCUGUUGUGUUCUUCAUGUGCAGGAGAGGUAGGAAAAGCCUCGGCAAAUUGCUUCCUAGUUCGGUGGCCAAAAGCAAAUAAACCAUUUUGGAAAAGUGUGUGUGGAUUGAUCAGCAACCUUCCUGGAGGAUGUCUGACCAGGAGACCGAGGACUUUGGAGCAGAAAGCCUCUUAGACAAGUCUAAGAUGAUUCCCAGCCUCCCACCGUAUGACAUGGAUGACCAGCUGCUCCCCAGGGAGCCCCGCAGCACCUGGUGCUGCUGGGCUUGGGCCCUGGCGAUAGUCACCAUGAACUUCCUAGUCUUCUUCAUCAAUCUUCUCCUGCUGCUUGUCAUCUUCACAGUUGUCUUGCUCCCCACCAUUGUGGUGGUUUACUUUGGCUUCCAAUGCCACUCUCGGGUGCUGCACUCCACGGCCCGCUACUGCAAAACCGUCCUGGAUGACAACAGCUCUUCUGCCCUCAUCAUCCUGGGCUUCGUCAUCAUGUCGCCUCUCAUCGUGGUGGCCAUGGCCACCUACUGCAGCCUGGCCAGGCGCCUCCGCCUCUUCAUGUGCUUCCAGCCCUGGAGCAGGGCUGUGUACAAGGGGGUGAAAUGGCGCUGGUACGAGGAGGGAGGCCUGUGUGGCUGUGCCAGGGGCUGGAACACCCAGGUCAAGGCCUGGGUAUGAGUCUGCAGCACCUGAGGCUCUGGCCCACCCAAUUUGCCCUUCUCCCUGCACUGUCCCUCCCCACCACCUCCCAAAUCACCCCCAGGCCUCUGCAGAGCAGUGCCCAGCUGUGAGAGGAAGGGAGAGGUGUUCACGAGCCUAUGAGGCUCCUACAGCUUUGUUUAUAACCCUCCGUCUAUAACCAAGUGAAGGAUGCUGUGAGGGAGAGACAGGCAAUGCAAGACCUUGAUGGUAAAGCCGAUAUUCAGAAAAAUGAGGACCCCUGCCAGUGCCUCUUGUGCUCAGAGCAGUGCAGUGUCCAGCCCUCAUAGCACGCUGUGCCUCACACAGGUCCCAAUAUCCAUCUACACACGUAGUGAGAGCAGCUGUGGACUCUGUACCAUGCCUCAGAGGUCUCCCUGUGUCCAGCAGCAUUUGGGGAAGCAUCCAGCCCUGUGGAGGCAGCUGUGGUUUCCCCCAGUGCUGGGCUGCCCACAUUUUAAACCUCUUGCAAGGUGUCUGCAGGUCGCUGCCUCUGUGGUGGCUGGGCUCCACAGCUUUCCCACACACCACAAGCUCUUCCCCCGCUUACCUGACCCUCCUCCUCACAGUCUGUGGCAGUGCUGUGCUCGUUUUGCUGUUCCUGAGCCAGCUCGCUGGGGUGGUUGCAGAUUUUUGUGCCGAUUUUUGGGUCUUUCCCCUUUUCCAGCUGCAGAGCUGAAGCACGCUUGUCUGGUGGUGGCUACCAACCUGCAAACAGCUCCUUGCCCUUUGUCGUGGUCAGGUUGUUUGGUUCAGGGCAGUGUUAGGGCUCCUGCCAGGAUGAGCUGGAGACCCCCAGUGACUACAAGGGGGUCUUCCACCCCCAGGCGUGCUGUGCUGCUCUCCUUAAACCAUGGUGGGUCCCCGGUUCAGUCAGCGGGGCCUCGUGCUGCUGACCUCUGCGAGCUGUCCCCUCUCCCUGCUGCUGUUCCUCUGCCUGCCAGCUCUUGCCAGUGCUAUGUGUGAAUAAAGAUCGUGCCAAAUCUCCA